GGACUAUGGAAUGCAGUACAUUAUGUCAGGAAAUGGGACUUGAUUGACCUAGUUCGAUAGUUUAGGUACCAGUUCCUAGUUUUCUAAAGUUUGAGGCGAUAUUAUCAGAUCAUUUGAGUAUUGAAAUGAAUUUGUGAAAAUCCCUUCUCUCUCCGACUUUCCCAAUUCCCCUCCUUCCUGAACCCUAAUUUUCUUCUUCCCUUUUCUGAAACUCCGAUCGAUUUUCCGUUUUUGUCGGCUGGAUCUCCGAUACCUGACACAUUAUCUAAGUAUAUUCACUCCUUAGUUACCUUUAUUUUCAUCAAUCAUCAUCUUGAAGCCCAUCAGUUUUCCUUUUGUUCAUCCUUGUUUCAUCCAUUAUGGCCAAAUUCUCUUACAUCCUCUCUAAAAUCCUUGGCUGCAUUUCAGGAACCACAACAACAACAAACAUUUCCUCCGACCUAAUUCCUCUCCUUAGAUCAACCAUAGAUGAUCUCGAGUUCGUGGUGGACCGAGCGGGAGGCGAGCUCUCUGUCAGCAACGAAACCAUCAUAGUUUUCUUCAGGAAUCUCAAAGUGUUUCUUCUCUUAACCAGAAAGUUGGGCAAAGAUCCGAGUCUCGAGUCCUUCUCGUCGAUGAUUGAAGCUAAGUUUCGCAGAUUUGCAGAGUAUGUGCACACUUUUCGCCUUUUCUUGUCCGGUCAGGAGGCAACCAGCGACCAAUAUAAGGCCGCGAAUAUGAGUGACGAUGAGACGGAAGAGUUCUGGGGCCACUUUUUGUCGUCGGUGGGACGAAUGGAUCGAAUUUACAUGACCCUUGUGGAUUCUUGUUCUUCCUCCACACAUUCUUCAAACUCUCUUUCCGCAGAUGAAGUUGAUGAUAUUUUUGGUUGUGUGCUGAAGAAUCUUCAGCUGCUCCAAACUUUUAAAUGGGAACAAAACGGCGAAAUUCUACGAGAACCCAUGAGGGAAUUGGGGGAGCAGAUGAAGUUCUUGAGAAAUCUCAACCUGUUCGCUUCACAUUCAAAUGCCAGGCAAGAAGAUGUAUAUGCUCAUCAUCUUGAAGCUAUGUUAAUUACUGCUUCAUUUAUUUUGUUCAAGUCUGAUCCCUUGUAUUGUGAUGAAAGUAUUUAUGAAGAAAAUCUUCCUCAGGUUUCAGAAUUGAUUCAUACCAUCCUAAUGUUCACAAAACCAAUUGAACCUCGAGUCUUUAAGAUUUACACUGAUCUCCUGAGUAGCUCAAAGUCAGGGAGAAGAUUACUUGAUUCUGCGGAUGACAGAAUAAACAUGAACAGAGAAGUCACUCGGGCAAAAGAUUUCCUCGAAUCAGUCAUGUCCAAUCUUUGGGAGUUGCUACAAAAAGGUGAUGUUCAUCAUGCAGUUUCUAUGAAGGAUCAACUAUUAGAGCUCCAUGACGGGCUUGGAUCUUUGAUCUUCAUUCUCUCUCAUCAAUAUCCGAACAAGUUUGAGCUGAAGACUAAUGAAGACCUCAUUUUCGACGCGGCGUAUGAUGCCGGGAUCUUAUUUUGCUCAUUGUACCAGUCACACAUGAAAUUGGAGGAUGAGCUUCGGUACUUGUUAAGAGCAAUCAGACUUAUCCAGGAAAAGCACGGCGAGAAUGACGCGCCAGAAUCCAAGAUCAAGGUUCCCAGCACUGCUCCACUGUCCUUUGUUGAUUUUCUAUUAGAAAAACUCACAGAGCAGACCAGCCCUGAAGCUAAAACUAUUCAAGUAGGGCUUGUCUCCUUAAAGUCAAUGUUAGAAGAAAUCACAGAGUCGCACCCUGAACAGGAGGAACUCCAAACUUUCUGGACUCGCAGUUUGGAGCUUGCGUACAAGAUAGAGCGCCUCAUGGACUAUCUAGUGGUUGGUGAUCUUUCAGAUUCUUUUUUGGCAUCCUUUGGUUACAUCAUGGAAGACAUGAAGAAUUUGAAGUUAGAAUUUGAACUCGAGAAGCCGAAAAUCGAGAAGACGGGAGUAGCCAUGACUCGAUCUUGCCGUGUGGUAUCUCGAAAAUCUUUCUCAUACAGAAAUGAGGUGUUGGGCUACCUUGAGGAGGCAGAAUCAAUUAAGAAUCGCCUCACAAGAGGAUCAAAGCAGCUUCAAGUUGUUCCCAUUGUUGGUAUGCCGGGACAAGGUAAGACAGCUUUGGCUUUGAAAGUAUACAAUGAUCCUUCGAUUUUGUACCAUUUUUCUGUUUGUGCUUGGGCUACUGUGUCACAAACAGGGGACGUAAAAAGAGUCCUCCUUGACCUUCUAACUCAAAUUGAUCCCAACCAAUGUUCCGUAAUUACUUGUGAUCGCGAUUUAGUAGAGAAAGUGUGGCACAGUUUAAAGGGAAAGAAAUAUCUCAUCUUUUUGGAUGACAUAUGGCAAACUGAAGCAUGGAGGAGCUUUAAAGAAGCAUUCCCUGAGGAUCAUAGGGCUAGUAGGAUUAUGUUGACAAGUCGUCGCCGUGAUGUUGCUCCCGGCGAAGAGCCUCACGAACUUAGAUCAUUGACUGAUGAAGAGAGCAUGGAUUUGUUAGGGAAGAAAUUGUUUGGGAGUUGUUGGCCUAAUGAGUUAAUUGAUAUUGGCACACAAAUUGUCCAAAUUUGCAAGGGAUUACCCCUUACAAUUCUUAUUGUUGCUGGAAUUUUAGUCAAUACAGAGCCACACAGAUGGGAGGCAAUUCUUGGUGGUUUAAACUCUGCCAUUGUUUCGAGUGUUGAACAGUGCAAAAAAACAUUGGAGCUGAGCUACAACAACUUACCGGAGCAUUUAAGGCCUUGCUUUCUCUAUUUUGCAAGAUUUCCAGAAGAUCAUAUGGUUUCUGUUCGAAGGUUGCUUCGGCUAUGGAUAGCUGAGGGAUUUGUUCGGAGGUCAGAGACAAAUCAUAUUGAUAAUGAUGCUGAAGACUACCUAAAGGAUUUGAUCGAUCGGAGCCUAAUAAUGGUUGCCCGACAAAAUCCUCUGGGUCAAAUGAAAACAUGCCACAUUCAUGACUUGUUUCAUGAGUUUUGCUCGCAGAAAGCGAAGGAUGAACUAUUUCUCUCUGUUGUAAGAGGAAACAGUAAGCUUUUGGCAUCUCAUCAUCAGCCACAAAAUCUUCGGAGGCUAUGCAUUAAAGUUAAUCCAAUGCAUCUCAGAGGGUCGGUUAGUUUUCUUUCCUAUGCACGUUCUGUGAAUUUCAACUAUGACGCCAAAGAGCCGCAAAAUUUCUCAUUCAUGUUUCAGACAUUGAAACUUCUAAGAGUUUUGGAUUUGGGACGGAUCAAUUUAGGUCAUGUUUUCCCAAGUGAAAUUGGGCUUCUGGUGCAGCUUGCCUUCUUGGAAAUUAGAGGCUAUAUGAGGGACAUCCCACCCCUGAUAGCCAACCUCACCAAUCUUGAAACCUUUAUCCUGAAUCAAAUAAGAAAGGGAAAAGUGAUCUCAUUGCCUGACUCAAUUUGGAAACUGCAAAAGUUAAGGCAUCUUUCCUUGCCAACUCCAGGUGGUAGUUUUCCCAUGGAAAGUCUUGCCACUUUAUCAAAUUUUUGCGAGUUGGGUUAUCUUUCUGUUUUAGCUAUACCUUACCCGACCAGCAUGAACAUGGAAGGGUUGCUGAAAAUGUUUCCAAAUGUGCGUGAGCUGAAAUUCACCAUUUUUACUUCUUCUGAAGAUAUAGGAGAUCAUGUGAAGAUUGUUGUUCCUCAAUCUUUGAGCCAACUAGACUCACUUGGUAUAUCACUACGCGUCGGCCGACAAUCUGAACCUAAAAUGUUUGAGUUUAGUUUGCCCCGAAAGUUGAAGAGGUUGACACUGUCUGGGUUCUACUUAUGUAGUAAGAGCCUUUCAACCUUUUCUAAACUUCCAAACCUUGAGGUGCUUAAAUUGGAUGCGGUACAUUUCGAAGGAAAUACGUGGGAAAUGGAAGAAGAUGAAUUCUCCAAACUUAGAUACUUGCAAUUGAAUUCAUGGGAGCUUCACUCCUGGAAUGCUACUGAGGAACAAUUUCAUUGUCUUGAAAAAUUGGUAUUGAGGGCUUGUACAUCUUUGAAGGAGAUGCCUUCUUGCCUAGAAGAUAUUUCAACGCUUGAAGAGAUCAAGAUUGUAAUGUGUUCUGACGCUGCUGUAGAGUUAGUGGAAAAGAUUAAGGAGGUACAAACAGAAAGUGGAAAUUCAGAGCUAAAGAUCAUUACUUCCAUGUCUAAUUGAUUCCUUUGUAGCUCAUCUUAUGGAUUUGAGACAAGGGAUAAUGAAUGGUUCGUGUGGUUUCAUUACUGUUUUGUAUCAAUCAUUCAAUGGUUGUAUUGUUUUAUCAAUCAUUCAAUGGUUGUAU